AUGGCUCAGGGUUGGGCCGGCUUCUCUGAGGAGGAGCUGCGGCGACUAAAACAGACUAAAGAUCCGUUUGAACCACAGCGGCGUCUCCUUGGGAAGAAAAGUCGACAGCAACUUCAGCGAGAAAGAGCCCUUCAAGAGCAAAGUCAAAAAUUUGGACUUCAAGAUGGGUCAGCCUCAUUACCUCCAGAGCAGCUGCUCUCUGCACCAAAACAAAGAUUUAAUACUCAGAGACCAUGUUCUUCUGCUCCUACUCCCCUUACACUCACCUUUCCUGUUGGUGAUGGAAAACCACAGGGUACUGAAAGUCAACAAAAGGAACUGGGACUUAAGAAUUCCCAUGAAGUUCACAAAAAUGCUGAGGUUCUGCCUCCAAAACCAGAUUGCCAACUGGAAAAAAAGAAAGUGGAAUUGCAAGAAAAAUCUCGUUGGGAAGUCCUCCAGCAAGAACAGCGGCUGAUGGAAGAGAAAAAUAAACGUAAGAAAGCUCUUUUGGCUAAAGCUAUUGCAGAAAGAUCUAAAAGAACUCAGGCAGAAACCAUGAAACUGAAGAGGAUCCAGAAGGAGUUACAGGCUUUAGAUGACAUGGUGUCAGCUGACAUUGGAAUCCUCAGGAACCGGAUUGAUCAGGCCAGCCUCGACUAUUCAUAUGCUCGGAAGCGGUUUGACAGGGCUGAAGCAGAGUACGUGACGGCAAAGCUGGAGCUGCAGCGCAAGACGGAGCUUAAAGAGCAGCUCACUGAGCACCUUUGCACAAUCAUCCAGCAGAACGAGCUCCGCAAGGCCAGGAAGUUGGAGGAGUUGAUGCAGCAACUGGAUGUGCACGCCGAUGAAGAGACUUUGGAGCUCGAGGUGGAGGUGGAGAGACUGCUGUGUGAACAAGAAGCAGAAGCAAGGAAACAAGUGGUUCAUUUAGAGAGGUCAUUUCAGCCGUCUGGGGAGAGUGUGACCUUAGAGUUGGCUAAAGAGGACAAAAAGCCUCAAGACCAGACUGCUUCCACAAAGGUAGACAAACUGGGGCAAAACUCCAAUAGCACUGCCCUUCUUGAUCCAGAGCGGCCAAACCAAGAGGAUGAAACUGCGGUAAAAGACAGUUCAGCUUCUCUCAUCACGUGA